AUGUCUCGUCUGCGACGGUUUGCCAGCACUGGGGUUUGGCCCUCUGAAGCUGGAAACAGGCCUGCUCCCCGUCAAAAGAAAUGGUUUGAUCUGUUUCAUAAGUCACACAAGGCUUUAGGGGACGAUGAGUGGAUGUCUCGUCUGCGACGGUUUGCCAGCACAGGGGUUUGGCCCUCCGAAGCUGGAAACAGGCCUGCUCCCCGUCAAAAGAAAUGGUUUGAUCUGUUUCAUAAGAUCGACAAAUGUCCAAUGCAGGUCCGCGGCCAGUCAAAACUUUUUGGUGGAGCACAGAAAUGUCUUUGUGGAUUCCAUCCACCUAAGGCCACACCUGCCACAACUGCUCCACCUUUCGUCGCAAGUGCUCCACCUGCCACAAGUGCUCCACCUGCCACAAGUGCUUCACCUGUCGCUGCAGGUGCUCCACCUGCCACAAGUGCUUCACCUGCCGCCACUCCUAGUGCUGUCCCGGCCUCUACCUCAGCCCCAACCAUUAUACGGCCUGCACUUACGUUAUCGAUGUUUAAUAAGUCACGGUUUGGUGGAUCCAUUAGUUUGGCAGCCAAACCUAAUGUAAAUGUUCCAAGGCGGAUUCAGCCUGGUAGUCAUAGUCCGUCUCCUUCAGCCAGUCCUUCAUCUGCAUCCAGUCCUUCUCUUGCAGCCAGACCUGCUAUUUCUUCCAGUCCUGCUCCUUCAACCAUUCCUUCUCCAGAAGCCAGUCCCACUCCUUCACCCAGACCAGCUCCAUCAUCCAGAGCUGCUCCCUCAAUCAGUCCAGUUCCUUCAUCCAUUCAUUCUCCUUCAUCCAGACCUGCUCCUUCAUCCAGUCCUUUUCCUGCAGCCAGUCCUGCUCUUAGAGUCUCUGAGGAGCAUAUUGCCUCUUCUAUGCUCAGCCCUACUCCUGUACCCAGCCCAGUUUCUGGACCUUCAAUGGCUCCUGUGCCUGGCCCUGCGUCUGAGCCAGAUCAAUUUUGGCUGCCUGUGAAAAUGAGGAAGACGAUCCCCUCACAGGAUCAGAACUGGAUUUCUUCUGCGCUUUUUCAUGCUGGCAGACUUCGGACAGACUUGAAGCUCUGGUAUGAGCCACCAGUUCCUUCCCUCAUCUACCACCAGGCUCCAACACCAGACCGCUUUUUUAAUCAUAGGCUUCUGGUAUGGAUGCCAUACCACUUGUGGAAAUUCAGACUGUCCUGUCCUACAUGUGGGAAGCAGCUGACUGGCUAUGGUAUCCAUAAGAGAGUACGAAAGGUUUUGGACAUCGACAGGUUCUACCUUAUGGUAACAGAGACGCUCAGGUGUACUGUUUGUUGCCUGAAUUACCUGUCUACCAGUCAGACUGUGCUGGACCUGCUCGACGUGGCCCACAGAAGACUGUUCCGUCUGAUCCUGACACAGAAGUUUGUAAUAAUGACAUUAAUAUUUCAUGUUUAAUAAUGUAAUUUCAA